CAAAGAGAAAUAAAAUAAAGUUUUGGGGAGAAGUGGGAAAUCGCGAAAAUACAAGCAUUCACUGCUUAAAAAUUGACUAAAGUUAGGGUUAGGGUUUAAGCAAGGAAGAGGAAGGAGAAUCAAGUCCGAGGCGGUGCCAACAGGAGAAGAUGUCGAAGAAGAAUAAUUUAGCUCGUAGAAAGAAGCAGCACGAGUUCGAUCUCCAAAGAGAGAAGGCAGAGAAAGAAAAGCAGGGUAAGAAGCUUCAAGCAAAGAAGAAUAAGAUGAAGGUUGAUGGGAGUGAGAAUAAAAAGAAGAAAGGUGGAAGUGGGUUUCAAGUAGGGAAGAGAAAAUUGAAGACCAAGCUGACAGAAGUGGCUAAAGCUAAAGCAGCUCAAGCUAUGGAGCUUGACAAAUGAACGUUCAUGUAAUAAAAUUUUGAGCGCUUCACGGUUUUUGUAAUUUUAAUGGGAAUAUAUUUUUUUUUAUUUCCGUUAAAUUUUGCUUAGUGAGAUUAAAGUAUAUGUUAGCUUGAGAAUUUUUUGAUAGUGUGACAGCAUAAUUUUUAAUGAAUCUGUUUUGGCUGACCAA